AUGUCGUACGCUCUCAUCAGCUUCAUCCACCCGUGGUCAGAGUCCAAAGCGGACCGGCUCCAACAGCUGCUGCCGGCGGCGCGGGACUACUACCUCUCGCCGGAAUCGCUGUGUUCGACAUGGACGUACUUCACGCCUAGCACGCGGGCCAAGGCGCCCUUCCAGCAGCUGUCGGCAGCGCCUGCCUCUACCUCCGGUUCAGGCCGGCCCUUGCUGAUCGGCAACAUCGAGAUUUACGACGGUAAAGAAGGGGCUGACCGGCAGUUGAAGAAGGAUUGGUUCAAGGCGUUCCAUAAAGCGGUCGAGCAGGAGAGCUUGUAUGCGCGGGAGCCGGAGAUCGGGGUGUGGACGCCGGUUGGGGGGUUUGUGGCGCGGGAAGCCAGGCAGGUGCAUCGUGAGGGCACGGUGGUGAUGCUGGCAAGGUUUGAGUGUAAGGAUGGAGGGAAGAGUAAGGCGGCGGUGGUAGAUGCCUUGUCGCGAUUCGCCGCGUGGGUCAAGGACAACGAGAGUGCGACCUACACGUACAGCGUCAUGGUGCGACGGACGAAGGGGGAGAACAACGAGGUGAUCAUGUUCGAGCGGUACAGGGACGCAAAGGCCAUCAUGGAGCAUGGAGGGCGGCCGCAGUUCAAGGCCAUGUUCAAAGAAAUCCUGCCACACAUCCAGGCGAAGAAGACCAAGAUGGCCGAGUGGGAGGAGGUUGAUUAUGCCUUUGUUGGGAGUGAGGUCGGCAAGCCAGGGAAGGGACAGGAAAAGGUCCAGCUGCCUGCGAAGUUGUAG